AUGAAGGAAGAGCAAGUGGAAAACGUGGAGGCGCCUGCAAAAGCGGCUGAUAGUGGGAAGCCUUGCUGUGUUGCUCGGGAAGAAGACGUCCAAUGUACGACCACCCAUUUGCCGCCAUUGGACGAAGCAGAGACAAUGGCCAAAAGGGCGAUUCUCGCGAAUGAAAUACCCAUUGGCGGCAACUCGAAAGAUGACGAAUGGUACCCGAAGAAUACCUUCACUAAUACCGGUAGCAUGACCCCCAACUGCAACCAAGAGAAGGAACUUCUUAUUGCCAGCGGUGCUGUCCAUCUGAUGGAGAGAGAUGUAGAAGAGGCCAAAGAACCAAACGCAGGUUGUGGCAUCCGCCAAGAGGAAGCUCCGAAUUCCCAACCCAUGCCCAUCAAUGAUCCGGUCGUCCAUGAAACGAAUGAUAUUGCGGUGGCAAGUCCGGUACCGGAGGUGUCAGAGUUGCAGGUGGCCAGGCCCGCAAGUGCUAGGGAGAAUCCCGAUGGUUUUUUCCGGCAAAAGCUCGUUGCAUCUGCUUGCUUACUGGUACUACAGCUGGUCAUAGUAAUAUUGGUCAUUGGAGUGGGUUGUCGUGGCAGUGGGGUCUGUGGGAAGGGAUCGUCGCCGGAUGCAGACAGCCUUUCAACAUCCUUCAGCCACACAUUGAGGACUGACUUUCGGGACCAUCUUGAGACCAUCCUUGGAGUGGGCUAUUUCGAUCAAGACGAAGCCGAAACAUCGGUCCACCGAAACAGAGCCUUGCAAUGGAUAUUACAUGAUGAUCCACUUCAGCUUCUGCCUGAUGCUGACAACCUUAUUCAGAGGUUUGUGCUCGUUCUCUUCUAUUUCCAGACGUUUUCAAAACAACCAUGGUUAACCUGUGGUGCACCCACACCUGGCCAACCGGACCUCUGCUACUAUUUGAGUCCAUAUGGCAACAGCAAUGAAAGGCGGGGAACAAGAUGGUUGACAGGCACUACCGAGUGCUUUUGGAUUGGUACACAAUGUGUUGAUGGGAAGGCAACAAGGCUGUACCUGCCGGGUAAUGGUGUCAAUGGCCAGAUCCCAACAGAACUGGCCAUGCUAACCAAACUGACAUCACUGAGUCUGGUUAAGAACGACCUGUCCGGCAGCAUUCCCACUUCAAUGCUAAGUCUUCCUGACUUGGAAGGUUUGAGUUUGUCGGGAAACCUACUCUCAGGAACAAUACCAAAUGAGGUUUUGUUUUCAGUGGAAGCCCUCUAUGUGGGAUCAAAUCUUCUGACCGGAACCAUUCAUAAGGGCGUUGGUUUGUUCAGUGGAGACGAACUGUUUUUGUACCAGAAUCUUCUUACAGGGACCCUGCCAGAUGAUUUAUUUGGGCUUGCCCAGUUGACUGCACUCUCACUGUUUCAAAAUGGUAUCUCAGGCAACCUUUCUCCUUUGACAGGAAGCCUGUCCAAUUUGCGCCAGCUGCACCUGGGACACACUGACAUACAAGGUUCCCUACCAUCCGAAAUUGGCCAAGCAGCAUCUCUUGAGUACCUUCGUCUUGACCAUUCAGGGCUGUCAGGCACAAUACCGGAAGAGCUGUAUGCAGCAUCCAGUCUGAAUGACCUUGUGAUUGGUGACUGUCAUUUUUCAGGGACCAUUAGCACAUUGGUUGGUUUGUUGACGAAUCUGGGCACCCUGGCUGUUGCCAACAACCGACUUCAUGGCACUCUUCCGAAUGAGCUGUUUUCGCUCUCUCUAGAGCUGUUGUCAAAUCUAAGAGUCAACGGGAAUCUUUUCUCUGGUGAUCUUCCCUCGGAUGUCUGUGGAGGACAACUAGGUUCUCAGAUGGCAUCAAUAGCAGCCGACUGCACGGCAGAUCCUGACACUGGUGUCCCCUUCAUGGCCUGUGAGUGCUGUACGGAAUGUUGCGACCGGCAGAGUGGCAACUGUGAGGUCCUUUGA